GUUGAAACCGGCGCGUUCUAACCGGCAUGGCGGCGUGGGAUCUGCGCGGCCUCGGGACCAAGUACCCGUGGCUGACCGUCAACGACGCGACGCUCGCCGACUUCCGCGAGCCCUUUGAGUGGACCCGCGACGAGGACGUGCGGUCCAAGCCGCGGACCAACGCAGCCCGCGAGGCAGGUCGCAAGAUGGUCCUUGCGCAUAGCCGGGACAAGGUCACGGACGCCGUCGUGCUCAAGGAGCUGCCCCAGCGCACGCGGCCGAAAGCGGCGAUCGACAGCCUCGAUGCGAUCGUCCACGAGACAAAGACCCUUGUGUGCGCCAAGCCGUGGCAGGCGCCCGUGCUCGAGCUCACGAGCCGGAAAAGACAGACGGCCACCAUGGCAACGCGGAAGGAAGCGCCGACGUCGCGGCGCCUCCACGCCGCGCGCCAGGUCGCCGAGAACGACGAGAGCCAUCUGCGUACGCUGCUGGCGCAGCAAAUCGAAGCGCAGCGCGCGACGCUGCCGCUCACGUUCCUCUUUGAGCACAACAUGACCGAGUACUGCAGAGCCAAGGGCGUCGCGACCAUCAUGGCAGUCUUCUCCAAGCUCCAAAACAAGUACCUCGACGAAGGUCUCCGACGCUGGAAGCACCACACAACGUCGCUGCGCGCCGCCGAAACCAAGGCCCGAGUCCACGCACAGAUGCAGACGCGGGCCGUCCAGCUCUUGGAACGCGUCGCGGGCGGCUGCUUGCUCGGCAAUCUGCGCACGGCGUACACAAGGUGGGUCGACACGACGCGGGCACUCGUGGCGGCCGAGCGGAACCGCGCCGCCAUCCGCAUCCAAGUGCACGUCAAACGACGGCGCGACAUGGCCGUGCUCUCCCAGCUCAAGCUCGCUCGCGAUGCCCGUCAGGCGCGCGAUGCACAGCUCGUUCUGGACCUCCUUCGGUUCGAAGCCACGGGCUACGCGCAGCUGUGGAUGAUCCGCCGCCAAGCCACUGCGAUCCGCGACCGCCAAGCCAUCGAGGCGCAGCUCUACGCCUCGUGCGCUAUCGCGAUCCAGCGCCGGUACCGCGGCCACCGCACGCGCCGCUCAGUGCGCGAGCUGCGCAUUGCUCGCCACGAAGCCGAGCUCGCGCGCGUCCAAGCCGAGCACUUGUACCUCGCCACCUUGCACGCCGCCGCCAUUGUGAUGCAGAGCGCCGUGCGCGUCUACUUGGCCAAGAUUGCUCUCUACGACGCCCGCAUGCGCGCGCGCAUUCGCAGCGAGAACGCUCUCAUCAUCCAACAUGCGUGGCGCACGAGCAAGGGCCAGAAAGUGCUCGCAACGCGCUUCGCCAAGCGCCAGUUGACGCUCGCCGAGCAAGCGGAGCGCGAGCGCUACUUGGCCAAGCAACGACUGCUGGCCGAGAUCGAAGCCAAGCGGCAGGCGGCAGCCACCACGAUCCAGCGACUCGCGCGCGGCAUCUUAGGCCGACGACGUGCACAGAGCCGGCGCUACGAAAUCGCUCUCGACGCAGCGGCGCGGCAGGUCCAAGCCUCGUGGCGCAAGUCCACGGGCCGGUUUGCACUGCAUCUGCGGUUCUUGGCCCAGAAAGAGCGGCUCGCGGCCCGUCGCCUUGACGCUGCCGUCUGCAUCCAGUGUGCGUUUCGGUGCUUCGACGCCACCAAGCGCGUUGGCAUCUUGCGCCGAGAGCGACAGGCUCGGCACGAGAAAGCCGCGCGGCAGGUGGCGUGGGCGCGCAAGCAAGUCGAGAGCGCGUUGCGCAUCCAGUGCCUCUACCGUGGCUACCGCGUCCGCGCCCAUCUCGCGGCCUCGCAUGCGGCCGCCACUUCGAUCCAGUGCAUGGUGCGACAACACUUUGCCCGGGCGGUACGGCGAAGACGUGAGGCCGACCUGCGUCGACGCCAAGCACAGCAGCACGCAGCCGCCGUCACGAUCCAGCGGAUCCAGCGGGGCCGAAUGGGGCGGCGGCGCGCCAAAGCUCAAGCCGAGGCCCAGCGCAUUGCGGCCGAGGAGCGCCAGCGGUCGGCCAGUCGCAUUCAAAGCCGACUGCGCGGCAACCAAUCGCGAUCGUCCCUGCGGGCGCUGCACCGCGCGCAGCAAAUCGUGCUGACACAGCAGCGGCGCACGACUCGCCGGGUUCCGUCGCCACUCGCAAAGCUUCUCAGUAGCUUGCCCCUCUCGGCGCUCACACUGGCACACGUGGCCGCCAUUGACACCGGCAUCGAAGCCGCGACGCUCGCCAUGCAGCACGAAGACCGCGCCGUAACGCGCAUCCAGUGUCUCUACCGCGGCCGCAACGGGCGCUUCGCCUACCACCUCCUUCUCGAGGCCAAGUACCGGCGGGACCUUUUGGAAGCUGCGAGCGCAACCCACAUCCAGCGUCGGGUUCGCGGGCGCAUCGGCCGGGCCCUCGUUGCCAAGGUCCGAGCGCGCAAGCAGCACCACGAGACGGCACUCGCGUACAAGCGGUCGCUGGCGGCGCGCGAAGCGAAGGACAAGUGGCUCAUGGACGUCGACAUGGAGAAAUUCCGCGCCGAAGUCGAGAAGGAGCGUGCGCUCGAGCACGCGCUGCGCAUCGCCCGCGCCGAAGCCGACCUCGCGCGUGCCCAAGCCGAAGCGUUGGAGCUCCAGCAGCGCAUUGCCGACGCCAACAAACAAAUGGCCGAUGCAAAAGCGAGCGCAUGGGACGAAGUGACGGACAACUACGGCUACGUCUACUACAGCAACCGACUCACGGGCGAGACGUCGUGGGAGAUUCCUAGCGAAAUGCUGCGCGUGCGAGCGGCCAAGAAGGCAGACGACGCGCCGCCCAAGAUUCCGGAUGCGUGGGAAGAGCUGUACAACCCCAACACGGGCCAAAUGUACUUUCACAACCGCGCGACGGGCGAGACAAAAUGGACACCGACCGGCGACGCAUCACCUGCUCGUGACGCAACAACGAUAGCACCACCCAAGGAGCCCGAGCCCGUCGCGACCCCUUCCACACCAAAGCCCUCCACCCCCAAGCCAGCUACCCCCGAGCCAGCGACCCCCCAGCCGGCGACGUCGGCGGUACCAGAGGCUACCAAGCGUCUCUGUUGGCGCUGCAAGAAGGCCAGCGCGGUCAAAGAGUGUGUGCAGUGUCCAUCGCCAAACGUCGCGUACUGCUCGUCGUGCUUUGUCAAGGAGCAUCGCGCCGAGACCAAGCGCACCCACGACUUCAAGCCGCUUCAAGCCAACGGCACGCGCGAGCAUGCCAUGUGCCAACACUGCGACGCCUUCGCCACGUACCACUGCGCGGCGUGCGACGCUGGCACACGCUUCAGCUGCGACGACUGCUUUCAUUCGCGACACGCGACGGCCGAAGGACUGACGCACAAGCCACUGCACUUUAGCUCCAGUGCGUCACUGUGCUCGCACUGCCCCGCGAGUGAGCGCUGCGUCGCGCAGCGUAUCUGCCACGACUGCCACGACAAGUUUUGCUCCGACUGCGCCGCAGCUGUUCAUGCCUCUGGGAAGAAGAAGCUCCAUACCAUCGAGCUUCUCAACGUGCUCAAGGUGGACUUGGGACCGCUCGAGACGUACUGCAUUCGGUGCGACGUCGAUGUCGCGGUCCGUCUCUGCAACCUCUGCGGCGACAGCUUUUGCGUUGCGUGCUAUGAGCUCGAGCACGCCCGCGGGCGCAAGGCCGACCACACGUACAUUCUCUGCAAAGACGCGGCAACGGCCGGCGACUGGGUUGAGAUUUUCGACGAGAAGCGGGGUGGACACCUUUACUACAACCUUGUGACGAAGGAAACGGUCGAGGCCAAGCCGUCCGUGCUGCUGCUGGGGCUCGAGCGCCACCGCGACGGCAUCGCAGAGAGUCUCCGCGAGAAGAAGAAGAAGGAGCUCGAACGCGAGAGUGAGCUCGUCGCGCUCCGGGAGGCGGUCAACGCGCUCCAAGAAGAGAAGGAGCUCGAGCGCCGCUACCGUGAGCAGCAAGCGAUCCUCGAAGACAACCCGGAUGUGCUCACGACCAAGCCCAAAAGGGCGUGGUGGAAGUCCAAGGCGCAGGUCGAGAAGGAAAAGAAGGAGCGCGAAGAUAAGGUCGUCAUGGCUCUACUCGUGACCAGCCAGCGCAAAGCAAAGUUGCACCAAGAGGCCAUGGAGAUGGGCUCGCCAACGUACGCGACCGCGAUUCUCGACAGCGUCAUUCAGUAG